CCCGCCCAGCAGCCACCUGCGACAGGUGGAGCGCUAGGCGCCGGGCGCUCGGCCAUGUCUGCGGAGAGCUCGGGGCCGGAGCCGGGGCCGCUGUGCCCCGAGCACGGCCAGGCUCUGAGCUGGUUCUGCUGCUCCGAGCGACGGCCCGUGUGCGCCGCCUGCACCGGGCUGGGCGGCCGCUGCCGGGGGCACCGCGUCCGCCGGGCCGAGGAGCGCGCGGAAGAGCUGCGGAACAAGAUUGUGGACCAGUGUGAGAGGCUGCAGUUUCAGAGUGCCAGCAUCACCAAGUAUGUGGCUGAGGUCCUGCCAGGAAAGAACCAGGGAGCAGUGAGCACGGCCAGCGCGGCACGGGAACUGGUCAUCCAGAGGCUGGGUCUGGUGAGGAGUCUGUGCGAGAGUGAGGAGCAGCGGUUGCUGGAACGGGUACACGGCGAAGAGGAGCGGGCCCACCAGAGUAUCCUGACACAGCGAGUACACUGGACUGAGGCACUGCAGAAGCUCGACACCAUCCGGACCAGCCUGGUGGACAUGCUCACCCACCUGGAUGACCUCCAGUUGAUUCAGAAGGAACAGGAGAUUUUUGAAAGGACUGAGGAAGCAGAAGGCAUUUUGGAUCCCCAGGAGUCGGACAAGUUAAACUUUAAUGAGAAGUGCAUUCGGAGCUCACUACUUACCCAACUCUGGGUGACCGCGGUUCUCGGGUCCCUCUCAGGCACAGAGGACGUGCGUAUUGAUGAGAGGACCGUCAGCCCCUUCCUGCAAUUGUCAGACGAUCGAAGGACCCUGACCUUCAAUGCCAAGAAGUCCAAGUCCUGUGCAGAUGGCCCGGAGCGCUUUGACCACUGGCCCAAUGCCCUGGCCGCCACCUCCUUCCAGGCUGGGCUGCACACCUGGAUGGUGAACGUCCAGAACAGUUGUGCCUAUAAGGUGGGUGUGGCCUUAGGCCAGCUGCCCCGAAAGGGCUCUGGCAAUGACUCCCGGCUGGGCCACAACGCCUUCUCCUGGGUCUUCUCCCGCUAUGACCAGGAGUUUCGUUUCUCGCACGCUGGGCAGCACGAGUCCCUGGCACUGCUGCGUUGCCCCGCCCAGCUGGGCGUGCUAUUGGACUUGCAGGCACAGGAACUGCUGUUCUACGAGCCGGCCUCGGGUACGGUGCUCCACACCCACCACGCGCCCUUUUCUGGGCCCCUCUUCCCGGUCUUUGCCGUGGCCGACCAGACCAUUUCCAUCAUCCGCUGACCUUUGGCCACGGGGAGCCCAGGCCUCCUCCCUACUAUGCCUCCAGGCCAUGUUCCUGCCCAGUGUCCUUUUCCCAAAUGUUGCCCUGAAGGGACAGCUUUAGGAGGGGUAGGGAUCCAUUUCAGAUCUGGGUACAGCUGUUAAGUGCGAGGUAUCUACAGUAGGCCUGCUACUCCCUGGCCUUAGUCUCUCACAAAUCCACCAUACAUCAGCUCCUCCGAGGGUGUCUCGUUCACCACUUUAUCUCUGGCAUCCGGCAUGGUGGCUGGUGCCUAGUGAUUGUGCAAUAAAUAUUUGGCGAAUGUAUGGACGGAUGGAAAGGUGCCUGGGUGUAUGUGGUAGACUCUUCUGGGAAAGCACAGCCUUCCAGCCCUCUGCCCCCAGCUUGGAGCAUGUCCUGUGGCUGAAACUCUUUCAUCCCUCAGUUUGGUGCUUCUCAGUCCUUUUCCUGACAAGGCACAGAGAGAACAUCUUUUUCUAGCACACGAGGACAACCUGAAAGGGAUCCCAAACUCCUGCUAGGCUGCUCUUGGCCACAGGGGGGCGCUGUGUCCCACCAGGUCCAGCCUGAUGGUUCAGAAGACUGAAGGGAUCCUACCUACAGGUAACUCGACCGCAGCACAUCCAUUGGCAGCUCUGCCUCAGACUUGGCAGCUGAGCUCGGCUGUGCCCACCUGUGGUCACAGGGACGAACUUUUCCCCCACCAAACCCCCCCCUCCCUGCCCAACAUAAUGUGGAGACCUGGGGUAAGGGCUUCAAGUCCUAGAGAGAGCUGAGGGAGUAAGAGGGCCAGCCUUACCGAACACGUAUGUUAUUAAAGGUUUUACAAGAUUGAA